GAAUGUCAGCCUAGAGAUUUUUAAAACAUUGUGCUCUAAAGGAAAUCAUAUAAUUAGUAUCUGCAAUGCUAAGUGCUCAAAAAACAAAAAUGGAUCACUUGGCCUAUGGAAUAUGUUGUAUUUUGCUUAUGAUUGGUCAUCUUGAUGCUAAUACGUCCCCAGUUAAGGCGCCCGUCCCAGUUAAGGCGCCCGUCCCAGCUAAGGCGCCCGUCCCAGUUAAGGCGCCCGUCCCAGUUAAGGCGCCUGUCGCGCCCGCUAACACAAAGGAAUUUGGUCUAGAUGCAGCGCAGAGAACAAAAAUUGUGGACGACCAUAAUACAUUGAGGAGCGCUUUACCAGCGGCCGACAUGGCUAGAAUUGCUUGGUGGACUGAAGGCGCGAAGGAAGCCGGUAAACUUGUAGCGACCUGCUCAGAGAAAGUGGUAACAAAAUUCGGCCAAGUGGUCAUCUUCUCCACGGCGGCUGGUUUCAAACCUGAAGGCCUUGUGGACGAGGUCAAGAAGCAGCAGAACGCCUAUAGUGACGUGACAAAUCAGUGUAUUUAUAAGGCGGGAAAAUGUGAGGAUUACAGACAGAUUAUCGUCGGAUCAAACAAGUUUGUCGGUUGCGCACUGAAGUCUUGCGCAGCUGGGACGUUCACCAAAGCUGAUGGGAAAAAAGAAGCAAAGGCCGUUCAACUCAUCAUCUGUCUUUACCCGGCUCAGGCUGACACCGGACAGCAGAAACACCAGUACACCAAAGGAACUCACUGUACCAAAUGCGACACCAUUUCUCCCGGACUCUGGUGCAAAGACCAACUUUGCACAUCACAAGAUCAGUGUACCGACGACGUAGCUGUAUGUGUAUCUGUUGAUAGUGCAAAAUGCACAAGUGAUGCAAACGCCAAGAAGAAGUGUCCAAUGAAAUGCAAGACUUGCACUUGUAAGCUCGAAUGUGAGAACUGUGGUAAGCAGUCACCCCAAGGGUGUGGCUGUGACUGUAUCCCGGGUUACUAUGGAGGGAUAUGCAGAGAACCGUGCAAGGAUCAUUCAACCACCAACUGCACGAAAGACACCGUUCACACGUGCCAACUUUAUACCAAGAAACGCGACAUGUGCCCUCUUUUAUGCGGACUAUGUCAGUACGAGGCAAAUCCAGCUUGCAAGGCGCCUCCUGGACCUACAUCACUGAACCAGGUGUCGAAUGCCAUCAUGGACGCUGGUCGGACCAUUGACUGUCGCAAGGAGAUCUGGUGCUUGAAGGGCCGGCCCUAUCUUCACGGCAGCACGUGUAAAUGUCGGUGCCAGGAUGGUUGGCAGGGCAAGCUGUGCAACAAAAAGACAAUUGAUGCUGAAAAUGGUGUCAUAUUGACUAUUCAAGGCAAUAAGGAUAAGUACGGGAGCAUCCAAGCCAAGUUACGAGAGCUGAUUGCAAAUGAGAUGAAUAAAUUCUGUAAAGAGAAUAUCAACAGAUGCUGUCCAUUCGAACGAGACCAAAACAACAUUUCCAAAGACGCCAAGUAUACCGACAUCAACCGUAUCCGUGUGGGAACUGGCUACCCGGACUUUGCCAAAGAUGGUACCUUCACUCUGCUGAUCUAUGCCAUGUAUCAACCUGACAACAGCCUGUGUACGGACAUAGGGACCAAGCUGAAGAGGAAGAAAAGGGAGGUCACAACAGGAUGUCUCGUUGGAUUUAGGAAAAUAAACGACAAAUGCACUUAUGAUGUGAAGGUCCCCCGGCAAAUCAUCUACGACUCCUUGAGGAACCGCCGCUCUGAAAUGAACAAGGACAUGUGCUGUGGCGCGGUAAUCGACACCGUGACCUUGGCCGCUGCAUAUGUGAAACCCUAUGUCAACCAGAGGGCCGACAUCAAGACAGUUUUCCACGACUGGGAGCGAAUCCUCAUCAUAAUGGGAAUCAUCAUGGGUGGAUUUAUGAUCUUCAUCGUCUUAGCCAUCUUCUACACAAAUAAGAAGACGCAAACGAAGCUUAUGCUGGCAACAGAACGGGAAUCGAAGAAAGGCGACAACUUCCUGAUGCGAAUGGAACAGACGAAGCAGCAGAAGCUACAGCAGGAGAAGGACUCCAGGAUCGCGUAUGAGCGCGAGAUGAGGAGGAUCAACCCGCAGUGGACCCCCGAUGACGACAUUCCCGCCCAGGCGGAGGUGGGGUAUGAACCAUACAAUACAGGGCCAAGUGCGCAUAAAGGAGGCUUCGAGCAUGAGCACGACUGUCCCCAGCAUCGCUGCGACAGCCCUUGUCCCCAUCGGGAUCACCGUGCAGCUAGCUCACAGGUACCCCAUGGCAGUCCGUACUUGGAUCGCGGUGACCCGCAGGUCCGCGGAAGCACGCGCUCUGAUUACCGCAUGGCCCCGCCACAGGGACCGCACCGCGCAAGCACGCGGUCGGAUUACCGCGUUGAUCUACAUCAGGGUGGGUCGUCGGAGGCAGCUGGGGGCGAGCCAUUCAAGCCCUAUAGGCAUGCUCAGCUUUAAUAAAUGCGCCUUCCCAUUUUUAUCUUAAUGUCAAAAUGUAAUAAGACACCUUGCUCGGACUAUAAAACGAGAUGACAAAAGGAAAUGAAAACUGUGCUAGAAGCAAUAAGCCUAAUCCUCCUUUAAUAACUUGCUUUUUUAUUUGCCAAAGGAUAAUCAUACCUUUGUUCUAGUAAUGUUUUUCAUAAGAGGAUAUGGGCAUUGUAUAGGCUUACAUCUUUACCGUCUAUAAGUAUUAAUUAUACCCUUCUUAGACGCCAGUGCCAUCCUGGGGAAAUCAGGGGUUGCUGCUCUCUAUGGUCCAUGCAGAAGAGCGACUUCCCGAUUUCCUCAUGGUGUACCGAGGCUAAAUGUGUCACUGAUAACCCAGCUUGCAUUUAUUUUUCUAGUCUCGCUUAAUUUAACUAACGUCAAUUGGAUGGAACGCAACCAAUGAUAGGACCAGAACAAUAGGACUUGCACGAACGCGGUUAGCACUCCCGUUGCUGAUUGAAAAACGAUCGCUAGAAUUGCUGUUUCUAAAAUGCAUAGAAAUUUUUAAAAAUCAGAAAUCAUGCGAAGCAUUUACUAGAGGCUCGGCCCCACCCACCCGAUCAAUUUGCAGAGACAGUGAACAAUUAGUUUUUCCCUAACGAAGCCAUUGCGAAUGCGCCAGGAAUAUGGGACAGCCUGAGGCCGGACGGCACACAGCCGCCUUUACAGUACAAACAAUAGGACUUUCGUCGUGUCUUGGACCAUCCCGGAUGCUUAUCUUAAACACGGUACUGCACAUGAACUCUUUCCUAUAUGCUAUGUGAUUCUAGGAUCAUCUUUAAAGAUUCUGAUAUGGCAUCAGUAUGGCUGGCCUUGGGAUAGAGACCAGAGCGUCACCUUGCUGGAGCAGCAGAUUUUCAAUUCCAGGAGAGCAGACUUUGAUGUAAGCAUAAUUGGUCUGUUUUAUUGAUUAAUAAUGAA